AUGUUGCUCCACGGUCUCGGUCUGGUGCUGCUCGUGGCCCUCGCCCAGCUGGCACUUUGCGCCGAGGACUUUUACAAGGUCCUGGGAGUCGAAAAGGAUGCGACAGAACGACAACUAAAGUCGGCGUAUCGCCAACUAUCCAAAAAGUUCCACCCGGAUAAGAACCCGGGCGACGAGACGGCACACGAAAAGUUCGUCCAGGUAUCCGAGGCGUACGAGGUCCUGUCCGACAAGGAGACGCGGCACAUCUACGACACGCGCGGGCACGAGGGCGUCAAGCAGCACCAGCAGGGCGGCGGGGGCCAGGGCGGGCACCACGACCCGUUCGACCUCUUCUCGCGCUUCUUCGGCGGGCACGGGCACUUUGGGCACGCGCACCGCGAGCCGCGCGGGCACAACGUCGAGGUGCGCGUCGAGAUCUCCCUGCGCGACUUCUACAACGGCGCCACCACCGAGUUCAAGUGGGAGCGGCAGCAGAUCUGCGAGACGUGCGAGGGCAGCGGCUCCGCCGACGGCGAGGUCGAGGCCUGCGGCGUGUGCGGCGGCCACGGCGUCCGCAUCGUCAAGCAGCAGCUCGCGCCCGGCAUGUACCAGCAGAUGCAGAUGCGCUGCGACGCCUGCGGGGGCCGCGGCAAGACGAUCCGCAACAAGUGCCCGACGUGCGGCGGCGCGCGCGUCGAGCGCAAGCACAACACCGUGACGCUCAAGGUCGAGCGCGGCGCGGCGCGCGACUCGCGCGUCGUCUACGAGAACGAGGCCGACGCCAGCCCCGACUGGGUCGCCGGCGACCUCAUCGUCAACCUCUCGGAGAAGGACCCCUCCGAGGACGACAACCCCGACGGGCUCGACGGCGUCUACUUCCGCCGCAAGGGCGACGACCUCUUCUGGACGGAGGUGCUCUCCCUGCGCGAGGCCUGGAUGGGCGGCUGGUCCCGCAACCUGACGCACCUCGACGCCCACGUCGUCCGCCUCGGCCGCCCCCGCGGCGAGUCGGUCCAGCCGGGCCACGUCGAGACGGUCAAGGGCGAGGGCAUGCCCCGCUGGCACGAGGACGGCGAGAGCGUAUACCACACCACCGAGUUUGGCAACCUCUACGUCACCUACGAGGUCGUGCUGCCCGACCAGAUGGACGCCGCCAUGCGCGACGACUUUGCCGCCCUGUGGGACAAGUGGCGCGCCAAGAGCGGCGUCGACCUGCAGCGCGACAGCGGCAGGCCCGACGCGCCCCCCGUGAGGGACGAGUUAUGA